AUGCGGUGUCUCUCUUUUUUUUUCUUUCCUUCUCCCCUUCGCUGUUGGUCUCGUCUCGGUACAUACAACUCUGCAGAUGUGCAGAUUUUACUAGAGAGAAAUAGGAAGAAAAGAAGGAGGAAAAGUGCCAAACAACUCAAAGUCUCAAUCACCAUUGCCCCAUCCUACCCCUCCCUUUUUGUUUUUCUUCUUUUCUUCCCGUACCCUUGGCUUUUAGCCUGCUGGAUCUUGGGGGAGGGAUCGGUUACUUUUCUGCAUUUUUUUCCAUCUCAUCUUCUUCUUUGCAUCUUUGCUUUCUCGUCCCCCCUGUACAGAGUACUUGCAGUUGCUGUUCUGUUGAAUUUUCUGCAUGGGUACCGUACGCGGAGGGCUUGGAUAGGCGCGGAAGACGAGAGUCGUCGAGGGGUCUUGCCAGGUCAACGGUAUCUGUACCCUUACUGUCUGCACGUAUGGAGUACAUGUUCACUUACAGGAAGAUGA